AUGGCCUCGACCGAAGGAAAUACUCCGACGUUUAAGAUGACGUCCUUGGACAGCGACAUCAACCAACACUUCCAGGAUGCAAUCGACGUGAUUCAACAGCAUUCAAAUAAUUCAUACUACGAUUCAGAGUAUCCACAUUACGAGACUCUGGGCGCUCAGCAUCCGUCUCUGCAGUGUCACAUCUCCUGCUGCGUGGUCACACACCCGCCUGACACUCCGGCUCCUGUCUACGAAUGGAGCGACACAGCUCAGCAGUCCUGGCCUCAGGUCAUCCCUGACGUCUCGCUGGGUCACUCAAUACCAACUGAAUCCCCUCAGUUCUACUCCAUCGUACCACCACAGAGGAAAGGUGAGCGUCGUAAGAAGCUCAGACUAUAUGAAUACCUCCAUGAAGCCCUGAACGACGCCAACAUGGGCGACUCCAUCCAGUGGACGGACAGCGGCAGCGGCACUUUCCACUUCAUCUCCAAGAACAAGGAGAAGCUGGCCGAGUGCUGGGGCCAGCGAAAGGGCAACCGGAAGACCAUGACCUAUCAGAAGAUGGCCAGAGCUCUGAGAAACUACAGCCGCACGGGCGAGAUCAUUAAGGUGCGCCGCAAGCUCACCUACCAGUUCAACCCGGACAUCCUGCACAAGCUGGGCUCCACUCAGGGGAACCUGCGGCUGCCCUGUCACCCGGCACAGGAGGAGGCCCACGGCCAGCAGCAGCCGAGCCCGGGCGAGCAGAGCUACUACAGCCCCUCGGCGGUGGACUGGCACAGCUGGUACAGCCACUACCAGCUGCAGGAGGACUACGAUCUGGCCGCCAGCUUCACCUCACACAGCACAACCAAACUCUGAGGAGGAGGAGGAGGAUGCUUUAUUUAAAAAACAAAACAAUAAAACAAUUUAAAAAAAAGC